AUGUCGCAAGAGGAAGCAGAACCUCGGUUCGACUUUAACGAAGGCACCGGUGCCGCAUUGGGCAGCCUGCCCUGCUUCACUGCCGUGUCCACUCGCGGGGCCGCUGGUAAGGCGUUGGAGGCGGCAUUAGAGCCACUUCACCGCAUUGCCUACGGCCGUGCCGGCAGCAGUGGCAAGCGCCGCGCCGCCCUUGCGAGCUUCAAAGGAUGCCCGAUGUCAAUGGAGGCUGAGGUGUCGGAGAAAAUUGCAAAGCUGACGAAGGACCGCCUUCGCGAUGUUAUCAAGGCCCUAGGCAUCAACGUGCACAUCUCGCUUUCGCACGCCGAGGUGGCGGCCGGAGUCGCGCAAUUCUUGAUGGCCCCCCGCGACGAUGGCAAGUUCAAGCAUAGCGGCUCGGCAGCAGCCAAGUCCAAGACGUCGCCAGCGAAGCGCCCUGCGACUGUCAAUCCGGAUGACGAGCCACUGGCAAAGAAGUUGCAUCAAGAGCUGCCUGCAUCUUUGCCUGCAGUGGAAGCGUCUGCGACUAAGGUGCCUGCCGCCUCCGCCGUCCCGUCGGAUGACGCGGUGCUCGUCGAGGUCUAUCGCCGCGUUCUCGCCAUGACCCCUGAGGACCGCGCGGUUCUCGGGGUGAAGGCGCUUCGCACCAGCCUUGAGCAGCACUUCAAGCUAGCCGCUGGUGGCCUGCGCCACAAGAAGGGCAUCAUCACUACUGCAGCCUCUGACUGCGUGCGGGCACUGAAGGAGGCUGAAAUGCGGGCCGCAGCAGCUGCCGUACAGCGUAUCGGUGACGCGCCUGCGUCUUCGACUCCUGAGGCGUCCGAUAGCACUGCACAGGUCCCCGUCCCAUCGCCGGCGCCCUGA